GAUAGUAGAUGAAUGCAGUUGAUUGAUUUAAUCAUAAAGAGGGGGCAGAUAUAGAGAAUUAGUUAGUUUACCAACCAACAGAAGCGACUUCGAAAUGUGCAAGACUUAGCAAUGCGUGAAUUUAUAAAAUAUGGUCCCACCAAUUGUCAGAAUAGACAAAUACCUGACAGUGCCGGACGGCACGGUAUACUGGAUCCUCCGUUCACAUAACUACCCGCAACUGAAACGAAACUCGAAUCGCUUGUGUUUUUGAUCGAUGGGGAAAAAACGUGUUCUCGUGCCGGCGAAGGAAGUUGAUUUGAGUUUGGUUCAAUACGAACCUGAAACUGUUCAAGCUCCGCAUUUGACUGGCUUUGGAUUUAGAUUGCUUGUCAGGCUAAUUGAAGCUCCAUUGAUAGGUCCUCUCCUUAUGAAUUAUUUGAAGAAGGAAAAUAAAAUUGAUGAGUUAUUGCGGAACACUGUGAUACCCGAGGAACCCAUGUUUAAACCUGAAUAUCCACCUCAAGAAAAGGAACCUGGUGUUGUUGAGCUUGACCAAGAUGGGAGACCUGAAGACCGAGUUGAGUCUGCCUUGAACUGUCUUCCGCAUUAUGAUCCUGCUGAUUUAUGGGAAAGUUCAUCUGCACCCUUUCGGUACUGGAAAAUACGUGAUUAUGCUCAUGCUUAUCGGUUUAGAAAAGUAACCCCAUCUAUGGUUGCUGAACGCAUCAUCUCAAUUAUAGAGGAGAAUGGAACUGACAAACCUCCGACACCACUAUUGAUAACUUUUGAUGCUGCAGAAGUCCGGAAGCAGGCAGCAGCAUCUACUCAGAGGUUUGAAGCAGGAAAUCCAUUAUCAAUACUGGAUGGAAUUUUCAUAGCUAUUAAAGAUGACAUAGACUGCCUUCCUCAUUCGUCUAAGGGUGGAUCGACAUGGUUGCAUGAGGUACGUGCUGUAAAGAAGGAUGCUGUCUCUGUUUCAAGACUGCGUAGCUGUGGUGUCAUAUUCCUAGGGAAGGCCAAUAUGCACGAGUUUGGCAUGGGUACGACAGGAAAUAAUCCUAAUUACGGAACCGCAAGAAAUCCUCAUGCACCGGAUAGGUACACUGGUGGAUCUUCUUCAGGUCCAGCUGCAAUUGUUGCUUCUGGACUAUGUUCUGCUGCACUUGGAACUGAUGGUGGAGGUUCGGUCCGUAUUCCUUCUUCCCUAUGUGGCGUGGUAGGAUUGAAGAUAAAUUAUGGGAGAUCAAGCAUGGAAGGGUCCUUAUGUGAUUCUGGGACAGUGGAAGUUAUUGGACCCAUUGCUUCUUCCGUAGAGGAUGCAAUGCUAGUGUAUGCAGCAAUGUUGGGCACAUCACCUGCAAAUAGAAUCAGUAUGAAUCCGUCAACACCUUGUUUGCCAACUCUGUCGUUUGAUGAUGAUACAGAUGCUUUGGGAUCAUUAAGAAUAGGGAAGUACACCCCGUGGUUUAAUAAUGUCCAAUCAACUGAAGUCUCUGAUAAAUGUGAGGAUGCUCUUAAUCUUCUGUCAAAGGCACAUGGUUGUGAAGUGUUAGAAGUUGUUAUACCAGAGAUUUUGGAGAUGAGAACUGCCCAUGUUGUUUCCAUUGGCUCUGAAUGCUUAUGUUCAUUGAAUCCUGAUUGUGAAGACGGGAAAGACACAAAAUUGACAUAUGAUACUCGUACAAGUUUGGCACUUUUCCGGUCGUUUACAGCUGCAGAUUAUGUUGCAGCCCAAUGUAUUAGGUGAAGUGUUAUCUCAACCUGAGUGGAGGCAACCAAUGAUUGAUGAGAUUUGUGCUCUUCAAAGCAGUGGUACCUGGGAACUGGUUCGUCUUCCCUCUUUGGUAGGUUGUCGCUGGCUUUAUGCAGUGAAGGUUGGUUUAGAUGGUAAGGGAUACACUCAGGUUUUUGGAUUGCAUUAUAGUGAUACUUUCUUGUCUGUGGCCAAGAUGACAUCAGUUCGACUUCUCGCCAUUGCAGCCAUUCAACAUUGGCCACAUCAAAAAUUUUACAUGGUGAUCAUGGAGAGGAAGUAUAUAUGGAGCAACCACCUGAGUUUGUUGCUCAGGGGGAGUCAUCGAGUAUGCUUUGUAGGCUACACAUGUCUCUUUAUGGUCUUAAGCACUCUCAGAGAGUUUGGUUUGGCAGAUUCAGUACUGUAGUACAACAAUUUGGUAUGGUUUGUAGUGAAGCUGACCAUUCUGUGUUUUAUCGUCACUCAACCCAAGGGUGUAUUUAUCUUAUUGUGUAUGUAGAUGAUAUUGUCAUAACUGGUAGUGAUCAACAGGGAAUACUCCUAUUGAAACAAUAUUUCUCGAACCAAUUUCAGACAAAAGACUUUGGUAAACUCUGUUAUUUUUUGGGUAUUGAGGCAGCUCAAUCUAAAAACGGUUUGGUGAUUUCUCAUCGAAAAUAUGCUAUGGAUAUUUUGGAAGAAACAAGUUUGUUGAACGCUAAACCAACUGAUACUCCUAUGGAUCCAAGUGUCAAACUCCUACCCAAUUAGGGGGGAGCCUCUAUCUGACUCGGGAAGGUUUAGGAGAUUGGUUGAAAAAUUGAAUUAUCUCACAGUCACUCGCCCAGACAUUUCUUUUGCAGUUUGUGUGAUAAGUCAGUUCUUAAAUUCUCCUAAGAACACAUGAGUGUUGUUGUCCGGAUUCUGAGAUACAUCAAAUGUGUUCCAAGAAAAGGCCUUGUGUAUGAAGAUAAAGGACAUACUCAUAUGGUUGGAUACUCCGAUGCUGAUUGGGAAGGGUCACCCAUUGAUUGACGAUCCACCUCUGGGUAUUGUGUACUUGUUGGAGGAAACCUUAUAUCCUGAAAAAGUAAGAAACAAAAUGUAGUUGCAAGAUCAAGCGCCGAGGUAGAGUAUAUGGCCCGACAAUGAUAACAUGUGAACUCAUUUGGUUAAAACAGUUGCUCCAAGAACUUCAAAUUGAAGAAGAAAGACCAAUGACACUUGUUUGUGAUAAUCAAGCUGCAUUGCACAUUGCUUCAAAUCCAGUCUUCCAUAAGAGGACCAAACAUAUUGAGAUAGACUGUCAUUUUGUCAGAGAGAAGAUUGAAUCAAGCGACAUCGUCACAAGUUUUGUCAACUUUAAUGAUCAAUUGACAAAUGUGUUUACAAAAUCCAUGCGAAGUCCCAUAAGUAACUAUAUAUGUGACAAUUUUGGUGCAUUUGACUUAUAUGCUUAAGAUUGAGGGGGAUUGUUGAUAUUUGUAAAUAUAUAGUGUUAAGAAUAUUUGAUCAUAGAAUAAUCCCACAUUGACUAUAUCAUGUAAUUAGCUAUAAUCUCUCUCUAUAUAUAAUACAGUCUUCGAAGUAUUUUUCAAAA